GUCUUUCCUACACCAUUAGAAUGGAUAACUUGAGGUUGAGUGACAUGUAUUGUUACAGGGACUAGUGACAUUCAACGAUGUGGCCAUUGAUUUCACCCAAGAAGAAUGGAAGCAACUGGAUCCUACUCAGCGGACCCUUUAUAGGAAUGUGAUGCUAGAAAAUUAUAACAACUUAAUCACAGUAGGCCCACCACUCACCAAACCUGAAGUGAUUUUCAAGUUGGAGCAAGAGGAAGAGCCAUGUGUGGUGGAGAGAGAAGUGCUAUGGAGCCACUGUCCAGGAGAGAUUUUGGGAAUUGAUGAGCACCAGAAAAUCCAGGACAGACAAGUUUUCAAGGGAGUAGUGGUGACUAGUGAAGCCAAUGAAUGUCCAAAGAAAUUUGCAAAUACAUUUUUUCCAAAUGCAGACUCCAUUCCUUCCAGACACAAUAUAUUUGAUUGUGACAGUGUUGGAGAGUGUUUAGAACCCAAUUUUGGUGAUCAUGAUAAUAUAAAACACCCGUUGCCAGAGGAACAGUUUGAAUAUGAUGAUGCUAUGCAGCCAUUUCACACCAGCUCGCCCCAUUUUGUGCUGACCCCCUUUAAGUGCAACCAUUGUGGAAAAGGCUUUAGUCAGACCUUGGACCUCAUCAGGCACCUGAGAGUUCAUACAGGGGGGAAACUCUAUGAAUGCCACCAGUGUGGGAAAGGCUUCAGCCACAAGGAAAAACUGAUCAACCAUCAUAAACUUCACAGUGGGGAGCAGUGUUACGAGUGUAACGGAUGCGGGAAGACUUUCAUCAAGAUGUCAAAUCUCAUUAGACAUCAAAGAGUUCACACCGGUGAGAAACCCUAUGUGUGCCAGGAAUGUGGGAAAUCCUUCAGCCAGAAAUCUAAUCUCAUUGAUCACGAAAAAAUUCACACCAGCGAGAAGCCUUACAAAUGUAACGAAUGUGGAAAGUCCUUCAGCCAAAAACAAAGCCUUGUUGCACAUCAGAAAGUUCACACCGGGGAGAAGCCUUAUGCGUGCAACGAGUGUGGGAAAGCCUUCCCUCGAGUCGCUUCCCUUGCUCUGCACAUGAGGGGCCACACAGGGGAGAAACCGUACAAGUGUGAUAAGUGUGGGAAAUCCUUCUCUCAGUUCUCCAUGCUCAUUAUACACGUGAGGAUCCACACUGGGGAGAAGCCUUACGAGUGUGGCGAGUGUGGGAAGGCCUUCUCUCAGAGCUCAGCACUAACGGUACAUAUUAGAAGCCACACAGGCGAGAAACCCUAUGAAUGUAAGGAAUGCAGAAAAUCCUUCAGUCAUAAGAAAAACUUCAUCACCCAUCAGAAAAUCCAUACUCGAGAGAAACCUUACGGAUGCAAUGAGUGUGGGAAAGCGUUUAUCCAGAUGUCAAACCUCGUCAGGCACCAGAGGAUCCACACGGGAGAAAAACCUUAUCUAUGUAAGGAGUGUGGCAAGGCCUUCAGCCAGAAGUCAAAUCUCAUUGCUCAUGAAAAAAUUCACUCUGGAGAGAAACCCUACGAGUGUAACGAGUGUGGGAAAGCCUUCAGCCAGAAGCAGAACUUCAUCACUCAUCAGAAAGUUCAUACGGGAGAGAAACCAUACGACUGUAAUAAGUGUGGGAAAGCAUUUUCCCAGAUAGCUUCCCUCACCCUGCAUCUGAGAAGUCACACGGGAGAAAAGCCUUACGAGUGUGACAAGUGUGGGAAGGCCUUCUCCCAGUGCUCACUACUCAACUUACACAUGAGAAGUCACACAGGGGAGAAGCCAUACGUGUGUAAUGAGUGCGGAAAAGCCUUCUCUCAAAGGACUUCCCUCAUCGUGCACAUGAGAGGCCAUACCGGUGAGAAGCCCUACGAAUGUAACAAGUGUGGGAAAGCCUUCUCCCAGAGCUCCUCCCUCACCAUCCACAUCCGGGGCCACACGGGCGAGAAACCCUUCGACUGCAGCAAGUGUGGGAAAGCCUUCUCUCAAAUCUCUUCUCUCACGCUUCACAUGAGGAAACACACAGGCGAGAAGCCCUAUAUCUGUAUUGAGUGUGGAAAAGCUUUCAGCCAAAAGUCGCACCUUGUUAGACACCAGAGAAUCCACACUCACUAGAGACGCCGUGACCACAGUGAAUGUGAGUGAGGACUGCCUUCCAGCGAAGUGAACACCUCAUAGCAUGGGACACCAUCAGUUCUAGCGCUGACUGUAGGAGAGCCUUGGGAAGGACCCACCCAUCUGUUAGAGAAUUCCCACUGUGGUGACCGAUUGUAUGAGAAACUGUCAACAAACACCCAGUGAUAUCAGUGUUCUCUUUUGAAAGAGAAUAUCUGCUGUCAGUCAACGAACUCGAGCUCCUUGCCGAUGUAUUAAGCAAGAGAAGGAGACUGGGAAAAGCAAAACCAAUAACUUUUAUAGGCAAUAUGAGACUAUGGGGAAGUAGGUUUUGUAUGAUAAUGUGUCAGGAAGAAAGUCUAAGGUAAUUAGGUGACAUGCGUACAAAGUUAUAAAACGUGCUGAUGAAUGCAAAAGACCACCUGACAAAGCAAGUUAAAAAGCUAUAAAAGUUCACGAACCCUUCCAAGUCUCUCCCUUUUCCAUACUUCCACUCAGAAUUUACACAUCAGUUGUAAAGGAUUUCAUGAACUGAUUUCAGAGUAAUAUGGCAAGGGAAAGGACCACAAAUGGCAAAAACAAAAAAUACAACAAAAAACAAAACAACAACAAAAAACAGUUUUUAACAAAACAACUAGGGAAGAUGUUCACUCACUACUAGAUUAUAAUUAUUUAAAGUUUUUCUUAUUUAAACUCUUUUGAGUGAAUAAACUUUUGGAAACAAAUUGAAACCCAAGACUUGGCAAUUUUCUAUCUGCAUGGUGCUACUGAAAUCAUUGGAAUAAGUCUAGCCUGUUCAAUAUGUGUACAAGUCAUGACCAAACAUGUUACUUCUGAAACAUAGAUAUAUAGACUCCAUCAGGCUGGUGAGACGGCCCUACUGACAGGGCCUUGCUGUCAAGCUUUACAGCUGACUACGAUACCCAGAAUCUACAAGGUGGAUGGAAAGAACAGACUUCCACACUUGUUCUCUGACCUCCAAUGGCACGACAUGGUAUGCAUGUACACACACACACACACACACACACUCAAAAUAGGAAAGGUAAAAUUCAAAAAUCAUGCUGGAAAUAAAGUGAAACAUGUUGCUUUAGUGUAAGAGUAUUAAAAAAAAAAAAACCUGCAAACAUGGAAUAGUCUAUUUUCUUUUAGUGUAUUGGACUCAGAAGUAUCCAUGUAUGUCUGCAAAGAUUUAUCUAUAAAUGUUCCCAGAUCCAUGGCUUGGUUUGAUCUAAGUGAUAUGUAACAUUAUCAUCAAUGCAGGGAUAGAUCAAUAUGCUUAUUUCUAUGAUAGGACACUAUUCUUUAUUUAAAAUAUACAAAAUUCACAUGUAGUUACAUGGCUAGAUCAUAAUAUUUUGAGAGGAAAAGCCAAAAUACUCAAUUAACCAUGGUAUAAUAUUUGUAAGUUAAUAAAACAGUUCAAAGAACAGUAUUGGAUAUUGCUCAUGGUCCAUUUAUGGUAUUAGUUGUCUUUGAGGCUUUAGAAAGCUUUUAUGGAAGUUGUUACAUUGAUCUGUAAUACUUCAGUAAAAGAAUAAAAACGAAUAUUA